UACAUUUCCCGUGAUCCUUGAACCGGAAAUACGCAGCCGACGUUUUCAUAAAGCAUGCUGGGUAUUUUUUCUCUCUCUUUCCGGCUGGUACGCCAUCAUAUAAAUCAAGAUGGGAGCAUAUAAGUAUAUGCAGGAGUUGUGGCGCAAGAAGCAGUCUGAUGUACUCCGCUUCCUCCUCCGUGUGAGAUGCUGGCAGUAUCGCCAGUUGUCCAACCUCCAUCGUGCUCCUAGGCCCACCAGACCCGACAAGGCUCGUAGACUGGGCUACAAGGCCAAGCAGGGGUACGUCAUCUACCGUAUUCGCCUCCGCCGUGGUGGUCGCAAACGCCCCGUGCCCAAGGGUGCCACCUAUGGCAAGCCUGUGCAUCAUGGUGUCAACCAGAUCAAGUUCGCCCGCAGUCUGCAGUCCGUUGCUGAGGAGCGUGCUGGACGUCACUGUGGUGGCCUGAGGGUCCUGAACAGCUACUGGGUGGGCGAGGACUCCACCUACAAGUUCUUCGAGGUCAUCCUCAUCGACACCUUCCACAAGGCCAUCCGCCGCAACCCAGACACCCAAUGGAUCACAAAGGCCGUGCACAAGCACAGGGAGAUGCGUGGCCUGACCUCCGCAGGCAAGAAGAGCCGCGGCUUGGGCAAGGGCCACAAGUUCCACCUCACCAUCGGUGGUUCCCGUCGCGCCUGCUGGAAGAGACGCAACACCCUGCAGCUGCAUCGUUAUCGUUAAGCGUCUGUACAAAAGAAAUAAACAUGCCUUUUUAUGGUCAUUCUGGUUGUCCUGUUCACUUUAUUGU